AACCUUACCGUUGUCAUUCCAGGCAGUGUUAGUGCAGGGUAACGUUAUUGGUCCAUGCACUCAGGUUACUGAAAGCUAGCAUGCUAGCUGACGUUAAAUGUUCCGUAGCAGGAAAACUUGCUAGCAUUGAAAGUGGGUGGAAAGCAGCCAUCUACAUUUUAGCAAAAAUCUCCACACUGUCACAGUAGUAACUGUCUUGUGGUUUGUCACGUCUAAUGAAAUGCCUUUGACAGAUUACAGACUUUCUAGGACUCCGAUGUCAUUACUUCACGACUUACUGUGAGUCUGCGUUUAGUGGGAACUCGGUCGUAUUAUUUAGAGCACAGCGUUCUAGCUAGCUUGUCUAUUAAUUGGCACACGUUAUUGCCAUCCAACCAUAAUGUAGCGUCAGACAUAUUAGACAGUUACACGCUUUAACAUACGCGGGGCUGUUAACUGAUCACUUUUCUUUUGAACAAAUAGUUUUGCUGAAAAGUAUUUUUUUUUUUUUUUGGGGAAUAGAUUUGUUUAGGACAGACAGUAACGUCACAACCGGUUCACUUUGUGACGUUUGUUUACUUUACUUCUCUAUCGUCAAUAUAAACAUAACAUUUCUGAAUACAGCGCAUAGUCAUCUGAGAAGCUUGGCUUCCCAACUUCUGCAUUCAUUUAUCAGUUUUCAUAUCUUUAAUAACUGUAAUUGCCCUUUACUGACUGUACAAAAUAUUUUAUUUCUCAUUUACCUCCAUGAAAAUAUGUUAUGUAACAACAUUUCAAUUUAGUUUUCCAACAAACAAGAAGAGCCAUCAGAAUUAAAGGGAUAUGUGAUGUUACUGGAAGUUGGUGUAUUCCAGCCUCGCCUGUCUGUCUGUUCUUCAAACAGCAGGUCUGUAUGUCGUCUGCCAUUGGACAGACCUCACUGGGAGGUCCUUCCUGCAGGCGGGCUGGGUUCACAGGAAGGGGGGUGGCCAAAAAUGUUUCGGACAGAGUUAAGCAGACUGUCUUUUCCUGUACUGUCGGUGAAAGAAAAUCCCUGUGAGAGCAUGGACCCUUUGGAUUCGACACCAUACGAGUGAGAUUUUAAUGUGCUCUGAAUUAAAGUAGAUGAAACAAAUUGUCGUCAUCUCUGUGGCUUCAGUAGCAUCCACUGAGACUUGAGAGGAUCUGCAGCACUAUGUGAGAUCUCUGUCAGAAAGUGCCUUUCAGAUGCCAGCGCUAACCCGACACUUCUCGCCGGUCCAUGUUUGCAUCUAAUGCCAGCACUCCUUUGCUAGACCUCGGCUCAGACGGCGAUCCCUCGGUUGCAAAUCUUUGGCCUCCCUGUCUGAUUCCAUCGGUGAAGGAACUCGAGCAGAAAGAUUUACUGUGGAGAAGGAGGAAUUGCCAAUGUGGAAAAACCUGACACAGUGGAAAACUCAGAACUUACGACAGUGUGUUAGCACUGAGGUCUCCCUAAAGCGCACCUCGUUGACUACGGUGGUAUAAAUUGAAUGAUUGUUUCCUAAUCGGUGCAUUGGUACUGAUGCUUCGUCUGUACAGUGAGCGCACUGGGAAUGCCUCUGUCUCAUAAAAGUGCUCUUUCAACAGGACGGAACCAUCCAGAACGCAUACUCUGUUGACUGUCAAUUCAGGAAGACUGCUACUUCAAUCAAUUUGCUACCAAUGAUUUGAGAUCUCACCAGAUCUCACAAUUGUCAGAACUAUUUCCCAGACUCCUCAUUGGUGCCAUCUUUAAGUGUGCUUACAGAUUCAUCUCAACAGGCUAGUGCUAAAGUCAGACCUUGCUAGUGAUAUGGCUUUCAACCUGAGUUCAAUACGUGACACAAAAUGGCUGACUCUAGAAGUGUGUCGGCAGUUUCAGAGAGGGACAUGUUCACGUAGUGAUGAGGAAUGCAAAUUUGCACACCCACCAAAGAGCUGCCAGGUGGAAAAUGGAAGAGUUAUUGCUUGCUUCGACUCACUGAAGGGGCGCUGCUCACGUGAGAACUGCAAGUACCUUCACCCACCAUCUCACCUGAAGACCCAGCUGGAGAUCAACGGACGCAACAACCUGAUUCAGCAGAAGACGGCAACCGCUAUGCUGGCCCAGCAGAUGCAGUUCAUGAUACCCGGCGCCAGCAUGCCCCCAGUCCCCACGUUUUCUAUGAACCAGGGUCUUGGGAGCAGCCCGUGCAUCAGCUACUCCCCCUACAUGACGCCCAUGACUCAUGGGAUGGGGCUGGUUUCCACGGAGAUGCUCCCCAACACCCAAGUCAUGAUGCCUGGCAGCCCCCCCGUCACAGUCCAGAGCGCCUCUUCAUCCUCUCCUACCCAGAAGGCUCUGCGCUCCGACAAACUUGAGGUGUGUCGCGAGUUCCAGCGUGGCAACUGUGCGCGUGGCGAAACGGACUGCCGCUUUGCCCACCCCAGCGACAGCCCCACCAUUGACACGAGCGACAACACCGUCACCGUGUGCAUGGACUACGUCAAGAGCCGUUGCUCCCGCGACAAGUGCAAGUACUUCCACCCGCCGGCUCACCUGUUGGCUAAAAUAAAGGCCUCCCAGCAGCAAGCCACCCAGAACCAGGCUGCGCAUGCGGCUGCCGCUGCAGCCAUGACUCAGUCGACUGCCAAAGCAGUGAAGCGACCCAUCGAGGCAACUGUAGAUCUGGCUUACCCCCACAGUGUCUUGCAGCCCCUACCAAAGAGACAAGCAUUUGAGAAGAGUAACGGGGCCAGCGCUCUGUUCAACCACAGUGUUUUGCAGUACCAGCAGGCUCUGGCCAACGCGCAGAUGCAGCACUCCUUCUUCCACAACGGGCAAGUCUUGUGCAUGACUCCUGCUACCAGCAUUGAUAAUCUUGAAAUAGCUAAUCAACAAGAAAUGGAGUGUCAUCAUGCUGCACUUAGAGGUCCCCCACAGCUCCUCUGUAAAUAUAACCUGUUCUUCAAACAAGAUCUGCAGCAACAUGCAUGCUAAGACAAGAAUUAAGAAGCAGUCACCUUUUUCCUUACAGUAAUGCCGACUUCAAAUGUUAACUAUACCAAUAAGAGUAACGUAAUUCUAGAAUGAAUACUAGUAUCAUACUAGUACAUGUAUUUGACACAAUCAAACUAUUGUAUGUACAUACACAAAACUUGUGAAUGUGGAGACUUUAUGGAAAUGUGUAACCUUGAGUUUUAUUUUUGUUUCAUAUUUGUUUUUAAAACAUUAUGUACCAAGGAAACUUAAUUUGCACUUUCAGGAAAGACAUGACUGGUGUUUUAUGCAGUAUCCCAUGUGCUGUGUAAGAAUUAUAUGGAGAAGAACUUUGUGUAAUGACCCAGACUUAGACCUGUUAUGGUCACUAUGGACAUGGCUUGAGUCUACUCCUCUCCUUAAUACCACGAAUGUUACAGAGACGGUUUAGUGUCUCCACUUUAGAGAAUGAUCAAGCACCAUUGCUCCAAGACCUGAUAUGUUUUAUUUUUUUUAUUUGUUUCUCUUAGUAGUAAUAAUAAUGAUAUUAACAACAACAACAAUAAUAAUAGUAAUUGUUAUGUUGGAGCACAGUGCCCCCUUGUGGAGGAAAAUCUGUCCUGGCCUCCUGUACUUAUUGAAUUACCAUCCAGAUAAAAGUAAUAGGUAAUUGCCAUACCAACUCAUACAAAUAUUAAUGACAUGAAUACUUGUAGAUGGUGCGGUUAACAGAUUCUACAUUUCUAAUUUGUUUCAACAAAUUUUCGUAGUUUGUUUAGAGUUUGAAUAAGCUUAUCGUGCAUCAUUGUCAAAUCCUUUUCAGUCCCAUCACAGUGGCAUAUACCCACAUCCACAUAAAGUGCCAUUUGGACAUAAAAUAAAAUAAAAUAAAUUAGAUUAUGUGGCUGAAUAGUAUGGGUGUCUGCAGGCAGACAGAAAUGGCCAGGGAGGAAUAAUAUAUCUGGCAGAGGCCAAAAGGAGGAAGUCAUAGCAGGACAGACUAAAGGCAUCCAUAAGUUUCAGGUGGGUCUGUUCUGAAGUUGUCAUAGGCAACCACUGUCAAUGAAUGAUUCAUCCGUUUGAGUAACUGUAGAAGUGCCUGAAGUUCUUAAUCUACAGAAACACACAUUUUAAGAUGAUUUAUGUUCAUAGCACAUUUCACCAUUUUUAUUGUGUUGUGUCAAUAUUAUUUGAUAUGGAAGAAGGUGGGAAACAUUUUGUUUUAUUGGGUUUAUUUUUUUGUUUUAAAGUGAGAUGUUAAAACCUUUAGCUGCAAUUAGAGAUAUAACUGUGUUGGUAUAGGGCAAAAACAAGUAUGACAUGAUGUUUGGGGUAGAAUAAAUGUUGAUGUAAUCACUUUUUAAAUUGUUCCCAGUUUUAACUGCGAAAGUAAGUGUGAAUACUG